AUGCAGCUGGUCACGGCUUUGGUGCAGCAACGGCACGCCGCCACCCCGCAGGAGUUGUCCAACGCCCUGUGGGCGGCAGCCACCCUGAAGCUGCCACUGCCAGAACAGGAGGUGCAGCAGCUUGUGGAUGUGGUAGUGCAGCAGCGCUGGGCAGCCAAGCCGCAGGAUGUGUCCAACACCCUGUGGGCAGCGGCCUCCUUGGGGCUGCAGUUGCCUGCGCAGCAGGUGUGGCGGCUCGUGGAAAUUUUGGUGCAGCAGCGGCUCGCAGCACACCGGCAGGAUGUGUCCCAAACUCUGUGGGCCGUGGCCAUCAUGAAGCUGCCGUUGCCAGAUCAGCAGGCGCGGCACCUGGUGGAGGCGUUUAUGCAGAAGCGGGGAGCAGGCAGGGUGCAGGACGUGUCUCAAAUGCUAUGGGCCGCGGCCGCCAUGAAGCUGCCCUUGGAAGAUCAGGAGGCGCGGCAGCUGGUGCAGGCGUUCAUGCGGAACCGUGCAGCAGCCAGGGCGUGGGAGGUGGCAUCAGUGCUGUGGGCGGUGGCGACCAUGAAACUGCCGCUGCCAGGUCGGCAGGCGCAGCAGCUUGUGGAGGCUUUUGUGCAGAGGCUGCGGGCGGCCACGGCGCAGGACAUUGCCAAGACGCUAUGGGCGGCGUCAACUAUGGAGCUGCCGCUGCCGUGUUGGGAGGCGCAGCUGCUGGCAGACGAGAUGGUCGAGAAGCGGCAGGCUGCUGGGCCCGAUGACUUGACCACAGCACUACAGGCGGCGGCCAACAUGGGCUUGCCACUGUCAGACCAACACCAGCAGCUGCUGACAGAGGCGUUGGCGGCCAAUGCAGCCGGAACACACCUGCAGUUUGUGCCCUGA